CGCUCCGGUCUCAUGAGCGGCCUGCCGUCGCUCUGUAUCACGCUCCAGCUGGACGGCAGGCACCAGGGCUGCUCAAUCGAGUACGAGCCGGCCGGCGAGCAGCCACCGGCUGGCCGGGAGCAGUGUUCCAUCACGGGUGAGCGCGAGACGACGCCGCCGAUGCCGGCGGGGGCCGCGCGGCGCGAGACCGUGCUGUCGCCGGACGCCACCGACGACGACUUGGACAGGAUGAAGCGGACGCUGAUGACGCAGCAGCUACAGACGUCUGAGAAAAAGCUCCGCAGCGCCUGGGCGUCGAUGCAGGAGGAGAGCCAGUUGUUGCUGGCGCUACAGUCGAAGUUGCGUGCGGAGCGCACCGGCGAGUCGGACUCGGCGGCUACUGUGGCGCGCCUGUGCCAGGAGCUGGCGGCAGCCGAGCGGCAGUUGGCCGAGCGUGGUGCCCUCUGUGAACGGCUCGUCAGCCAGCAGCAGCUGGUGAGGGGCCGGCUGCGGCCGGCGCGGCGCCAGCGUCGCCAGCUGGAGGCUGUCUGCGGACGAAUGGGCCGAGCCCUGUACGGCGAGGAGUACCGGCUGCCGGUGGACGUGCUGCAGGAGUCGUCCGACGAAGAGCCGGAGCAGGGCCCAGCGCCGGCGGCGGGCGCCGUUCAGCCGGCCGCUGUCUGUCGUGAGGAGCGCGCAGAGACGACGGCCCGCGCCGCCAGCUACGCCGCCGGUCACGGCUGGAAUGACGACGGCCCAGCCCGCACGUCAUGCCGACGGUGCAGUCUGUGGUGGUGA